UAUUGAAUAAAAAGAAUGGAUAUCACAAUGCCAAACAUUAUUUCCGAAUGAACAUCUGUCAAAAUGUUUUCUUUCGGCUUCCAACUCAUGGGCUGCGACUGCGAGUAAAUGCUUUGGCUAUCAGUCCCUACAGGAUGGUGGCAAAUCUUGACCUUGUCAUCGAUGGGUCUAGCGUCAAUGGGCUUCAGAGUGGAGCAAGAGAAAUAGUUCGAAAUAUUCGGCCAAAUUGGAAAGAAAAUGAGCUACAGUUUAAAGUAUACACUGAUGGAAUUACAAAUCAGCUUAUUGGAGUUUGGCAUGAGGACCGAAAUGAUCAAAUUCUAGUCAGGGUGUAUGGCAAUAAGACAGAGCUCUUCAUUGAUAGGAAUUUAGAAAAAAAGAAUGUCCAGAUUCUAAACAAGGCUGGAUGUGGCCCACCUUUGUAUGCAACUUUUUCCAAUGGAUUGAGUUAUGGUUUUACGAAAGGAGUAACUACAACUCCUGUUACGAUCAUAGAAGAGCCAAUUUGGCAGGCUGUUACUAAGGAGUUGGCUAAGCUACAUAAAAUUGAGGAGGGAGACAGGGAGAAUCCAGUGCUAUUUCCUAAAAUGAAACAGUUUUUUGAUCUUCUUCCCAGCAACUUUAAAGACCAAGUUAAGCAGAAAAGGAUUGAAGAAAGUGGAUAUACCAAAGACAAGCUGGCUCAAGAAAUGAAAGAGUUGGAGUCCCAUCUUACUACUUUGAGGUGUCCAGUGGUUUUCUCGCACAAUGACAUUUUACUUGGCAAUGUCAUUUGGGACUCUUCAUUACAAAAAGCAAGCUUUAUUGAUUACGAAUAUGGAGCAUGGAAUUAUCAGCCCUAUGAUAUAGCCAAUCAAUUUUGUUUUAAUGAAUUUGCAGGUGUUGAAGAAGUGGACUAUAGCAGGUACCCCAGCAAAGACUUUCAGAAGUCUUGGUUACGCUGUUAUUUAUCUCAUUACAAAGGAAUUCCCAGCUCUAUGGUAGAAGCUCAAGAACUUGAAACUUGGUAUGCCUGGGUCAGUAAAUUUUCCCUGGCUUCACAUGCUUUUUGGGGGGGGGGAAUAUGGGCUUUACUGCAGGCAACCCAUUCAUCCAUAGACUUUGAUUUUCUAGGGUAUGGCAUUACCAGAUUAAGGGAAUAUUCUAAUAAAAAGGAGGAAUUUUUCAAAUUAACUUGCUGAAGAGUGAGUAUUCGACUUAUUUUCUGUGAUGGGAAAGAAUAGUAUUGAUGCAGUAGUGUUUAAAAAGCAUGGCAGUUAGACAUGUUGAUGAGUACUUAAUAUCUUUGAGCGACAGUUGCUGUGAAGCUCAGGAUUAAAAUUGUGUACCAAUGAAUUGACAGAAUUUGACAUGAUGUAUUAUGGCUUGAUACCUGUCACGUCAGCCACUUAACUAGAUACCAGCACAAAAAUAAUCCACAGCUACAUUUUCUUGGAUUUAAAAGGAAGACAAAGUUUGAAAAACUGCUGUGGUGGAAGGAUGGAUUGACAGUUGCUUGGAUAGAAUAGGUCACAGCAUCAAGAACACACGAUUAAUCAUUGUUAAUCUUUUAGCUUCAACCUGUACAGGCCAGUGACGUUUUGACUAAAAAAGAGAAGGCAGUGUUACAGCAAGUUGUUCUGUGGAUUUGAAAGGAGACUAAAAAGUGAAAGCCAUGCAGUGAACAUUUGAUAGCAUAUAUGCUAUUGCCCUAAAGAUCCCUUGGCAAAAACAUGAACUCAGCCAUGAACAUCUUCAUGAGCAAGCAGUGUGUUGAAGUGACCAUACCAUAACAUUGUAUUCAUUCAAGUGCCUUUGGUAAAUGGUACUUAGUUUGGCUGGGUUCAUUAGUAGCUCUUAGUAAUCAUUUUUCAUAGAUAUAGUAACCUUUUUGCCAUAGCUAUGAAUUUUAUACGAAGCCAAUUAAAAAUGUUUGAAAUAUAGUAUUAAAAAUUAUUCUCUUGCUCUCAGAGAAGUAGAACUUUCCUUUCUAGGGAUAAAUGUCUGAUAUUCCUACCUUAAUACAUUGUGCUAACCUUGAAUGGGAUCGGCCUCUGCCCUCGUUUUUCUCUCCCUUUCUUUAAAAUGCUAUCUCACAGCUGAUACUGUAUAAUAAGAGCUUUGAUUUAAUGGCUAUAAUCCCUAAUUAAGGUUAAGGGCUGAUUUUACUCAUAUGCUUUAUUCAGCUCAUGUAUGGGAUUUCUGUCUUCCUGUUUUCAUUAUUGGCCAGUACAACUUCAUUAUUCUCCCAAGAUUUCAAAAGCACAGCUCUUGUGGUAUGCUGUCACUUUUGGUCUUGUAAUGAUAUCCCAAUAUAUGUACGUAUAGGUGUACUCGGCUAGUAAAUAUUUCCCUAAGACCAUCAGAGCUUUGCUGAAGUAGUCCUCAUGGUAUCUGUUUUAUUAGGCUUAGGAUUUCUUCAGUAUGAGUGUUGUGGAAGGUUAUACAAAAGUUUAGGCCAUGAUCUAUUCCAGGGUUUCGUUUGUUAUCAAUAUAUGAUCAUCAUUUGUGUUUGGAAAUAGUGAAUUUUCUUAAUGGCUUUCAUCUUUGUUAUAUUCUUGAAAAUUUUUCUCUUUAAAAGCAUUUUUAUAUGCUUGAAUUAAUUUUACAUAUAUAUUUUUCCUUUCUGGAAUAAGUGAAGUGCUUCUAUUCCAAUUCAUCAUAUAAGUUUCCUCAAAGCUUACAAUAUUGUGACAUUUCCAAAUAAAUGUUAAGCCAUAGUAACUACUUCCACUCACAAUUAAUCUAUCAUCACUAGUUGAAACUAAAGCAAACUAAAUCCUAAGCCAUUCCAAAUGCUUAAAAUACUACCUCUUGUAUUCUAGCAGCCAGUUAGUUUGUGCCAAAUGUACUACAGGGUGUCUUGACACAGUGGUCACAUUAUGCUACUUAAUGCUACAAGAAUAGAAUGCAGUAAAGUAAUAACCUUUAAUAUGGAUUUAAAAUUUAGAACAGUGAUGUUCUCAAGUUAAGAUCUUAUUUCCUUUCAACAGAAAUUACGUCCCUCUUACAUUCAUUUUAGGAGUACGUGUUUGUCAGUCAUUGUAGCUCUGAAUUUUGGGAUGGAUAGACUUACAGAAGAACUUUUUUAUUUGUAUGCACUUGAAACAGUUUUUUUCACAGUAUUUGUGAUCAAACUUUUUUUCCUUCACCUCACAGAGUAAGUAUCAAAAGUGGUCUUGAAGAAAGACACGGCCAUUUAGGAUAUCUCCUUCUUUCAUUCUGUCCUAGCAGAUUUACUUUUUAUUUCAUUAAGUGAAUAGGAAUUGUUUGAUUUUUAGUAGAUAUGGGUGUCUAGACCCCUGGAAGUAGGGGAAAUGUAAGAAAGGGAUCAUCCUUUUAAUAAAUUUUAUAGUGUUAUGACAUUAUUGACUAGUGGAGGAGUUAGGAAGUUUUACACUGUAGUUUUGUCAAAUCUUUGGUGGUAUAGGAAAAUAUGGUUCAUGGUGUGGAUGGUACCUGUAUUCCAGUCUCACUCAGAACAUUGGUAGGGCCUGAAGGACAGAACUAGGCUGAAGUGGUGUGGUAAUCUAACUAAUAAUACAUGUAGCAAUACUAAUAAUAAUGAAGGCAAGCUUUAUGGGGUAUGUAGUUUCACGUCAUACCAGUGGUAAACACAGAAAAUUAGUCCUCAGGUGUGCUGUAAUUACUACACCUCACUUGUAAAGGAAUGAUAGCCAAACCAGAAGGCAGGAAUAUUUACAAUAUGUAUGCAAACUACCUUCUUGACAAGGUUCCAGCUAACCAUAUUAGGAUAGGUGCUACUGUAUAUUUUUAUGGAACCAAUACUCUGAUUCACAUAUGAAAACAAUCCUACUAAUCUAGUCUACUUAAGGUUCACGUAACAAAAGCAAGGUGAAUUCCCUUUCUGGUUUAGAAAUGUUAUUUUUAAGCCUUUGCUUUAUAUUCUGUUAUAAUGAGCGCUGUGAUUUUUCUAGCAUUUUACCUAUGGUGUCUAAUGUUCUGUGAUUGUGUUGAGCUUAAUGCUAUGUACACACUAUUUUUGUUGGUUGUGUUAUGUGCAAGAAACUAGAAUGGUAAUUUUGAUGGAGUUAAGAGCAUCUAGUUCUUAACAUGGUAAGCAGUUGUCCCAAGAAUUUUUUAAUGGUUUUGUGUGUACAUAAUGUGAAAAAUGUUAUUUCUUUCAAAGUUUACUUUGUUAUGCUAUGUCAUAUGUUUACUUACACAUUUUAUGUUUUAAUCUAAAAAGCAAGCAGUUUUUAUUGGUUGUGGGAAGUUUAUUGGAUGCCUUUAUUUUACUAAGUUGUUGUUUCAUUUAGAAAGUUUUAUUUUACUGUAUAAGCUAUGCACUAUAUUGCAAUAACCUGACUAAUUUAUUUGCCUCUGAACUUUGUACAUUUAUGUAAUAAAAAUAAUUUUAUAAA